CCUUCCACUUCUAUCAGAGCUAGAAGUAGAACCGCCACUCACUCUCUCUGUAUUCCAAAUUGCCCCCUCUAUUUACUCAUUUACAUUUAAGAAUAAAACUAUCAAAUUCAAUUAUAAAACUCUCCUUCCUUUUUCAAGAUUCAUUACCAACCUUACACUAGAACAAGACUUAUCCAUGAAGACUUUUCAAAACCGUUUCAAAUCCUUCAUCCAAAAAGUAAUUGAAGCUCCAAAACACUUUCUUUUCUCAACCAAAACAAAAAAGCCACUUCUAAUCCUUGACCGAUUUUACUUCAACACCAACAAUGUCUGUGGUCACCAUCUAUUUCUUCUUGACAUCAAAACUAAACAUCUCAAAGAGCUUCAUAUUCCAAGAGUCACAAAUUCCGACAUGGGUUAUAAGAUCAUAUCUUCAUGCAAUGGCUUACUUUGUAUUGCUCAUUAUUCCUUAGACCAAUACUCUACCCUUUUUCUUUGGAAUCCAACCACAAAACAAACCAAAAGAAUCAUUGAACAACAAAGACAACCUUUGCUUUUGCCGCCAAAUUGUCUUAUAGGCUUUUAUGAAAGUAAUGGUUUUUAUGUAGUAAGGUUUCACUCUUUUCAAAACACAAAGACUAGUUAUUAUGCUAUUCGAGGCGAAAAGUACUCGUUGAGUGAAGGGGUGUGGAGAGAAAUAAAGGGUUGUGAUCAAAAUUUGAUUUUGAAAGGAGAUUUGUUUUGGACUGAGAACACUGUGACAGUGAAAGAAACUUUGUUUUGGGUUGCUAUGGAGGUGAAUGAAAAGGUUAGUCACGAAAUGAUAAUCUCUUUUAAUUCAUCCAACGAAGCUAUUAGCAAGAUUGAAAUGCCGUUUAAUUCGUCUAAGGAUUGUGUUGAAGUUUAUAAGAAACUUGCAGUGUAUAGUUAUAAAGGUUCUUCUUCUGUUGCUUUGAUGAUUUGUUCAGAAAGUAAAAGUAUGGAACAAUGGUUAGAUUUAUGGGUUUUGUGUGAUGAAUAUGAAGAUAUUGAGUAUUGGAUUAAGGUGCAAACUUUAGGCAGGUUUUCGAGAUUAGAGCGACCAGUUGGUGUUUGGAAAAAUCAAGUUCUUAUGGCUACAAAUAAAAUGAUUCAUAGUGUUGGUGGAGUUGUUGCUUUUCUUCAAGAAGAUGAUAUUGGUGCUGAGUUUUAUUAUAACAGUUUGAAUUAUGAAGAGAGUUUCUUUCCUUUAAAUGAUGUGUUGGAAGUUGAUCACAUUGAAAAGGAAGGAUUUUUGGUGAUAUGAUACUAAUUGCGACGCACAUGAGAUAUCCUGAAUUCAAAUCUGUAAUGUUCCCUUCAAGGAACCAUAAAUAAUUUGUCUGAGAUUGUGACAUAAACUUGUACUGUGAAGAAUGUUUUAUUACAAUGUAGUUGAUCAAUUUUAAU